CUUUUGGCAAACAAUAAGGGAUAAAUGCGCCUCCCACCAAUGCCAGCAACUUGUUUACUUGCCUACCUGUACCUGCAAUUGCAGCUAGCAACGCUCCUUUCUAGCCAGGACUCAGUUCUGAUUCGAAAUCCAAUGGGUUAACAUUGAAAAAAGGACACUUUGAGCAUACACUUGGAAUAUAUUUUGGAUUUAUAAUGUGCUUCCUAAUGACAAAUUGGCUACUGCCUUUGGUGUGGACAAUAAUUUUUAUUCAAUUUGGAAACUGUAGUGUCCAGGAUUCGAAACAAUCGCCCACGCCUCAUACAUUUCGCUUUGUAAACCCUCAACAGUGCCUGAAAAACGAGUUCUAUAACUUGAACUACUUUGAUUGCGCAUCAUGCAACGAGGCCGGCAACGAGGCUGGUGGCAUCAACGAGUUGCAGCCCACGGCGGACAGAUUCUCCUGUCAGUGUCCCGUUGGACACGUAUCGACUUUCGAGAAGACCAAACGUUGGCCCAACUGUGAAGAGAUCUGCUCCAAUGCCACACAUCAAGCCGAGAACUGCACAACACCUUGGCCAGCUCAAUUGCCCAACUGGGAAUGUCAUUAUCAAUAUCUGAAUGCCACAACAGCUACGCAACAAGGCGUUGGAAUUGUGCUGACUCGAACGAAUCCUGGCAGCAACAGAAGCGAUUGCCAUGUUUGUGAUGGAACUUAUAACUUUCGUUAUCAGGACUAUUGCAUAGCCAACACACUGAUGCGUGCCUAUUUGCAUUACAAUGCUUUCUGGCAAGCCACAAGCAGUCCCAAGCCCAACUCCAACUCAAGGCUACACUUUGGUGACCUCAAGUUUGUGGCAUUCUUUUGUCUGGCAAUGAGAAACGAGACUGCCUGCCAGCAGUUGGCCAAUCUUUGCGUGCUUUCGCAUUAUUCCAUGGACAAGCAUUCGCCUUGUAGCGCUUUUCUGCUCACCCAGAUGUCCGAUGUGGUCAUGAAGUAUGCUCAUCCUGGCGAUCAAUCGCGUUCGCUGGAACCUUUUCUGUUCUACAAGAAGGGCAGAUCGACGCGUGAAUUGCUGACCACAACUUUACAGCCAUCGAGUCAAAUGGAACUGCAAAUCUUUAACACAAAUUACGAUCUAAGUGGACAUCUAAAGCGCUGGGGAAGCUUUGACAUGCAACAGCUGAAUUUGUGUCCUGGUCAAGUGGCGCAUAAAUUGCAUUUGGCGCAGCGUCAGCAAGAGAUCAACUGUCAGUUGAGUCUGGAGCAACUCAUCGAUGCAGCCAGCAAAGAGGCAAAUGAUAAUUACUUCAGUCUCUAUUUGAACUUUAGCAGCAACUGGCAACAUCUGCUACAUCAGCUGCCUGUGCUUAUCGAGACGCUGACGCCGGAGAACAAGCGCCCACAAUCAGAGGAAUGGCAGCUGGUGAAACGCUUCCAGCUCAUCUCCGCACAUCCCAAAGACAAUCGCCAGCAUCAGACUUUGCCACGCUACGAGGAUGCGCACAAGUUGCAGCUGUAUCGCUCACUGCGCUACGUGGAGCACGUGCAACUGGAGUACAGCAUACAACCAGGUCAUCACAUUGGUUUGCCGCUAUUGCGUCUGCGUUAUCGCCACAUCCAACUCACAGGGAAUGCAACUCUCACUCAAUUGUAUCCUUUUCGAUUGGUUGUCAAGUUCGAGAGACUGCAUCCGGGUGUCGCAGCUCAAUUGCUCCUUGAGCUCGCCUUGCCGCUGCUGCUGCUCUUGGCUUCGAUUGCGGCGCUGCUGCGUUUGCAGAAUCUGCGACGUCGCCGUGGAGCGGAACUUUGCCAGACCAGCAAUCUGUUGGAGUUGCUGCUGCAGCUUUCCGCCAAUGUGGCAUUGGCAUUGCUGGUGACCGCCUUGUUGCUGCUGGCGCUGCAGGCUUUCAAUCCCCGCCAGCUGGCGGCGCUCAUCUAUCCCGGUUGUCUGCUGCAGUUGUUGUACUUGGGUGUGCAUCUGAGGCGCGCCAGUCAAUUGGAUUUGUUUCUCAUCGAUUGGGAGCGACCGCGCAGCAGUUGUGAGGCACAGCGUCUCAAUCUGGACAGCUCUUCGCUGUGCUCCAGCGUGCGCACUUAUGUGGCUGAGAGCAGCGUCUCUGCGUGGCGUGUGCUCUUCACCGCCAAUGCCUGGAUACGUCUGAGUGCCGCACAACGUUACUCCAGCUUGCUGCAGGCUUUUGUUGUAUACGCUGCUCAUCAGCUGCUUCAGCACUUCUCAAAGUCUCCUCUGGAUGCUGGUGUUAGUUGCUGCCUGAUUGCCUGCGUUUAUGUGGCCACCUAUUUGCUUCAGCUGCUACUGAGAAGCAUCUUCCAAGCGAAUCUGCUGCAAAAGUUCAUUGAUCUUUGUAGCUUGGCCAAUAUUUCGUUAUUCUCGCUGUUGGAGCCAGGUUAUGGUUACUAUAUCCACGGACGUUCACCUCAUGGCUUUGCGGACACAGACAUGUCUUCGAUGAUACUCCAGCUGCAACGUGAGGCGCAAAAUAUGUGCGGUCGACGUGGAUUGUUAAUGGACUCCGAUAAGCAGGCUUACAUAAUACUUCCUCCUAGGAAUCUGCGCAACUACCUGGAGCGCCUAUUGUUGCCAUUGCAACGCAGCAGAAAUGGCAGCAUGUCGCAAACAUUGCUCUACCAGAAGGAUUUGCAGGUGCCCAGCAUCGAUGGUCAGGUGGAACGCACCUCCAUUGCUUAUGCCAGCGUAAAUCGUUUCUUCUGCGCCUUCAUUGAUCAUGCCAUCAAGGAUAUGGAUUACAUUAUAAAAGAGAAAACUAUAGUGGAGAAGCUCUUCAAUUGUGAAAUUGAAAACUAUCUAACAGACAACAAGGGCACCUUCUACAUCGAUGACUCGCUGAGCUUUAGUCGUGUGCUGUUGCUGGGCAAUCAUGUGCACAUCUUUGUGCUGGAAAUACUUGUGCUGCUCUCUGCUUAUUUGCUGACUUCCAGUUUGCUCAUUGCUGUUGCCUUGGCCUGCGGUUUGAAUAUGUUAUUACGCCACAUCUUUAGGCUUUGGGUGCGUCGCAAUGUGUCGCGCAAGACAUUGAUUGAUGAGCGGUUUCUACUCUAGCCCCGCAGCCAGUCGGAUGAACAAUAUAUGCGAGAGGAUGGGUUCUUUGACAUCUGAAUUAUGCUGUAUGCUGUAUGCUGAACAAUUCAUUUGAAUAUAAAAUAUUACGUUUUUUCAUUUUUAAUUUAGAAAACAAAGUUCACUUGAUAGUAAGUAGUACAUUUAUUAGUUAUCUUUUAAGUGUUUAUCAUAAAACUUAUGGCCUAAAAACAGAUAAAAUAAUUUCUAUGGUUUUUUUUCAUUUUGUUUUUGUUUCGCAUUCAACAUAUAAACACACUUAGUUAUAAGCAUGGAUUUGUAUUUUUUUUAUCAUUUUCAUUUGCU